AUGGAUGCUCAUAACUGCUCAGUACCAGCCGAGGUACGCGUACAGUACAUCAACAUCAUCGACGAUAUCCUCAACAAAUCAGACCUUACUCAGGUGACUGAAAAGAGAAUAAGGAAUGGCAUCCAGGAGCGAGUUGAGUAUGAUAUUACUCCGCAGAAGGCGGCGAUCAAGACGCUGAUAAUGGAACGGUUCGAUAUAUUCAAUGCGAAGCAGAACAAAGAUCAGGAGCCUGUCCCCUCAGUCGAGACAGCAGAACCACCACACCCUCCACCUACUGUGAACGGCCACACCAAACGAGUUACAGAAACUCGAUCACCCUCUUCUGCUCGACCGAAGCGAGAAGCUGAUGACAGUGACCUAUCGGACGUAGUCGACAAGGCUCCUCCCAGAAAGAAGCGGAAAGAGAGCAGUGUGGAGGAUGAUGCAGCAUUUGCUGCUCGACUUCAGGCAGAGGAGGAUCGUGCUGCUCGUCCUACAAGAGGUGGCACAUCGAGGAAAGCUGCUCCUUCGAAAAAGAAGAAGGUUCCUAGGAAGAAGACAGCUGAUAAAGUUACCGGCUCGGAUGAUAGCGAGGUCGAGGAGAAUGGCGCGAAGCGCAAAGUUAACAGGGAAACCGGUUUCCAUAAGCCAAUGAAUCUUUCUACGACAGCAUCUGAUUUCUUCAAUACUCCAAAGCUUUCGCGACCACAAGUUACAAAGCAGGUCUGGGAAUACAUCAAAGCUCACGAUCUACAAGACCCUGGCGACAAACGGUACAUCGUAUGUGACGACAAGCUCAAAGUGCUUCUCAAGACAGACAAAGUGCACAUGUUUCAAAUGACGAAGAUUCUGAAUACUCACUUGUAUAAUCCAGAGGAUUAA